GGUAAAUCUUCAAUCAAAAUAUAUGUCCCUCAGCUUUCAUAGGAAGUUGUCAUCAACUCAGAAAAGCAAAAAUCUUCAACAUCUGUGGAAUACUGCGUGAGAAGUGUGGGGUGCCAUGUCGAAGAAACGCAAAUGGGAUGAUGACUAUGUUCGUUACUGGUUCACCUGUAUGACAGAGCUUGAUGGAACUCAGCGCCCACAGUGUGUAUUGUGUAACUCGGUAUUUUCAAACGCUGACCUCCGACCGUCAAAACUGUCUGACCAUUUUAACAGACAGCAUGGUGGUAUAGGUGGGCACGAUCUCAGUAGCCUGAAACAUGUGCCAACACCAGCUGAUCAGAGUGAAACCCUGAAAACAUCUGGAGUUGCAUCUCAGGAAGAUGCCUUACUACAGGCAUCAUAUCAGUUUGCAUAUUUAUGUGCCAAGGAGAAGAAUCCUCAUACAGUAGCUGAAAAAUUAGUGAAACCUUGUGCACUGGAAAUAGCACAAAUAGUUUUGGGACCAGAUGCACAAAAGAAGCUUCAGCAGGUACCCUUAUCAGAUGAUGUGAUCCAUUCUAGAAUUGAUGAAAUGAGCCAGGAUAUCUUACAGCAAGUUCUAGAAGAUAUCAAAGCCAGUCCUCUUAAAGUGGGUAUUCAGCUUGCAGAGACAACAGACAUGGAUGACUGCAGUCAGCUGAUGGCAUUUGUGCGAUACAUAAGAGAGAGAGAGAUUGUAGAAGAAUUCCUGUUCUGUGAACCACUGCAGUUAACAAUGAAGGGAAAAGAUGUGUUUAACCUGUUCAGAGACUUCUUUUUGAAACAUAAGAUAGCACUCGAUGUAUGCGGCUCUGUUUGUACUGACGGUGCCUCUACUAUGCUAGGAGAAAAUUCAGAGUUUGUUUGCUGUGUGAAAAAAGAGGUACCUCAUAUCGUGAUCACACAUUGUUUGCUGAACCCUCAUACACUUGUCACAAAGACAUUGCCUACAAAACUGAGGGAUGCUCUUUUUACUGUGGUGAGGGUAAUAAAUUUUAUCAAAGGGCGAGCUCCAAAUCAUCGCCUGUUUCAGGCUUUUUUUGAAGAAAUUGGAAUAGAGUAUAGUGUUCUCCUUUUCCAUACUGAAAUGAGGUGGCUUUCCCGAGGCCAGAUACUUACUCAUAUUUUUGAAAUGCAUGAAGAAAUAAAUCAGUUUCUUCACCACCAAAGCAGCAAUUUAGUUGAUGGCUUUGAAAACAAAGAGUUUAAAAUUCACCUCGCGUACCUUGCAGAUUUAUUCAAACACCUAAAUGAACUUAGUGCAUCUAUGCAAAGGACUGGAAUGAACACAGUAUCCGCUAGAGAGAAGUUGUCUGCCUUUGUUAGGAAGUUUCCAUUUUGGCUAAAGCGGAUUGAGAAAAGAAAUUUUACCAACUUUCCUUUUCUUGAAGAAAUUGUUGUUUCCGAUAAUGAAGCUUUAUGCAUCGCAGCUGAAAUAACGCGGCACCUGCAACAGCUGAGCAUCUUCUUCCAUGGCUACUUCUCUGUUGGAGAUCUUGAUGAGGCAAGUAAAUGGAUACUGGAUCCAUUUCUCUUUAAUCUGGACUUUGUCAAUGACGGAUAUUUAGUGAAAAAUGAUCUUGCUGAAUUACGAGCUAGUGGCCAAAUCCUAAUGGAAUUUGAGACAAUGAAGCUUGAGGACUUCUGGUGUGCUCAAUUCACAGUGUUUCCCAGCCUGGCAAAGACAGCGCUAGAAAUCCUUAUACCAUUUGCAACUACAUACCUUUGUGAGUUGGGAUUUUCAUCACUUUUGCAUUUUAAAACAAAGUCCAGAAGCUGCUUGAAUAUGAGUGAUGACAUCCGUGUGGCUAUUUCAAAAAAAGUUCCUCGUUUCUCAGAUAUCAUUGAACAAAAACUACAGCUCCAGCAGAAGUCACUGUAA